UAUAAAGUGGCUCCUCCUUCGGCCGAGCACCACAGUUCCCUCAGCUCCUCUGCAACCAACAUCAACAUGAGACUGAUCCUCGUAGUGGGCGCCCUCGCGGCUGUGGCCUCCGCCGUCCCCCGUCCCGACUCUCCUCCCGUCUACGGCGCUCCUCCUCCGACCUACAAGCAGCCAGGAAUGCCCUUCGACUUCGCCUACGCCGUCCAGGAUGACUACUCAGGCAACAACUACGCCCACCAGGAGACCAGCGACGGCCACGUCACCUCCGGAUCGUACAGCGUGGCUCUUCCCGACGGCCGAACCGAGAUCGUGGAAUUCACCGCCGAUCACGACAACGGCUACGUCGCCAACGUCGCGUACGAGGGGGAGGCCUCCUACCCCGCCCCUGCCCCCUCCUACCAUCCUGCCCCCUCUUACCCCGCCCCCGCUCCCUCCUACCCUGCUCCCCCUCCCCCACCCACCUACGCCUAAACGCUCUACCUACACGUGAGCAGAAUCUGGACGGGACAACUCAACGAACGACCACCAAAUCCACACCCAAGUCAAGCCAGACGACCGCCACUGCGUCUUGCCUCAACCUCCCGGACACAACCUCAUCAAACGCCAUUCACCAGCGACUCGUGAAGCUUUCUGACUCACCGUUUCACUCCUGCAAGCACUCGUCCCGUCCGGCCCAGUUCCUGCUUGCUUUCCACGACUUAUCGCAUCGUCGCGUCCCUCUCCAUCCUUCGACGUUCUUGCUGUUAUGAGUUAUAGACCUUUUUAAUAUAUUCCUUUGAUAUAUUCUUAACUAUUGCCAUAUUCAAUUCAAAGUGCUCAUAGAUGACUGUCACUUGGCACUUGAAUCAUGUUAAAUCAUUCUUGUAAAUAAAAGCAUCUAUACGAAAACUCUUUUGAUCUU